AUGGCUCUAGCAGCGGCAGCGGCAGGUGGUUUGGCUGCAGCCGCGUAUCUGGACGGCAAAUAUCAGCUACGCCGAGACAUCAAUCACAUCCGCAGCCUCAAGAGAGCCGAGCGGGACUACAACAGACGAACAAAAGCAGACAAGCUAUCGCCAUGGUACUUCCUCGAAGAGACCUGUGCCCGCCAGCCCGCCUCUCGCGCAAUCUGGACCCGUGAACGAAGCUGGACGUACAAGGAAGUAGGCGACUAUGUCCUCCAGCUCGCCCAAUGGAUGCUGGACGAAGGUAUCCGGCCAGGCGAUCUUGUAGCUAUCUACCUCCACAACUCUGCCGAGUUCCUGAUGCUCAUGUUCGCCACGCUGGCAAUUGGCGCCGGUCCGGCAAUGAUCAAUUACAACCUUGAAGGCAAAGCGCUGAUGCACUGUCUCGCAGUGGCGAACAGCAAGCUUCUGAUCGUCGACACUGACGCAGACUGUCAGCGCCGCGUUGAAGGCAGCAGAAGCGAGAUCGAAGCUGGAGGAGCCAAGAUCGUGACGCUGGAUUCUGAUCUCAAGCAGAAGAUCGGCUCGCUGCCUGUCGUCCGACCUCCAGAUGAGCUUAGGAACGGAAUGACUGGCGCCUGGCCUUACGCACUCAUCUACACCAGCGGCACGACCGGUCUUCCUAAAGGAGCGCCGUUUACUGUUGGCCGCAUGGUCCUCGCUGGCGCCCAUCUCGAGCCUGGCUUUGGUGCCAAAAGCGGAGUGGACUGCUGGUACUGCCCCAUGCCGCUGUACCACGGCACUGGGUUGAUAACCUCUUCGGCAGCGCUGUACAGUGGCGUCGGUGUAGCACUUGCGCCUCGCUUCUCUGUUUCAAACUUCUGGUCAGACAUCUACCACUCUGGAUCUACUCUCUUCAUCUACGUCGGCGAGACGGCGCGGUAUCUGCUCGCUGCACCUCCACACCCUCUAGAGCGGAAACACAAGAUCCGCUGCUGUUAUGGAAAUGGACUGAGACCGGACGUCUGGUACAAGUUCCAGGAACGCUUCAACAUCCCCCAGAUCGCUGAGUUCUUCAACUCCAGCGAAGGCGUGUUUGCUCUGGUCGUCUGGGCGCGAGGACCGUAUCUCAGCGCCUGUGUUGGGCAUCAUGGUGGCAUUUACCGUUAUCUGCUCCGAGACACUUUUGUUCCCGUGCGGGUGGACACCGAUACUGGCGACAUAUGGCGGGACCCUAAGACUGGUUUUGCGCAGCGGCUACCGUAUGAGGAGGGUGGGGAGAUGAUUGUGAAGGUGCCGAGUAAAGCUGCGUUUGGUGGGUACUGGAACAACGAGGAGGCGACGAAUAAGCGCUUCGCUAUGGAUGUGUUCAAGAAGGGAGAUCUGUAUUACCGGAGUGGAGAUGCGUUGAGGAGGACUCCAGACGGGCAUUGGUUCUUCUUGGAUCGGCUGGGAGACACUUACCGAUGGAAAUCCGAGAACGUCUCAACGGCUGAAGUUGCCUUAGCCCUUGGCAACCAUCCCAGCAUCACAGAAGCAAAUGUCUACGGCGUGACAGUCCCUGGUCACGAAGGACGAGCAGGCUGCGCAGCUGUUGUGCUGAGCAAGCCGAACCCAGACUACGCAGAACUCGUCCGUUAUGCGCGGUCAACGCUGCCUCGAUACGCCGUUCCAGUGUUCCUGCGCGUGGUGAAGCGGAGCUCGCACAUUCACAACCACAAGCAGAACAAGGUGCCAUUGAGGAAAGAGGGCGUGGAUCCGGAGAAGGUUGGGACAGAGGAGAAGGAGGGUGUGGAUGAUGUGUUCUUGUGGUCGAAGCCGGGAGCAGAGACGUAUGAGGCGUUUGGUAGGAAGGAGUGGCAAGACCUGGCGGAAGGGAAGGUGAAGCUGUGA